AUGAGGGAUUUUCCAUUCAAGUGCAAAUUAUGUGAUAAAGCAUUCCUAUUCAAGUGUGAACUCCUGGCGCACGAGAAUGUUCACAAGAAUAUCAAGGCUUUUCGAUGUCAAAUCUGCGGUGCUGCCUACACCCACAGGAAAAAUCUUCUCGUUCACGAGAGGAGGAACCACGCGAGAAGAAACGAUAAGAAAAAUAGAGAAUUUUCAUCGAGGAAAUCUUCUAAAGUCCUUUGUGCUACAUGCGGAAUGAAACUGUCAAGCAGAAGUGCUCUUAAGGCACAUGAAACUAUUCAUACUGGGGAGAAAAACGAAAUCUGUGAUGUGUGUAAGAAAGGAUUUGCUACUAAGUCAGGACUUGUUGUUCACAGGAGAAUUCACACCGGGGAAAAACCGUACAGGUGCAAUCAAUGUGGCAAGGAUUUUGCUCAGAAGACUUCCCUCGUCAUUCACCUGAGGUAUCACAAUAAUGACAGACCCUAUUCUUGUGGGAGAUGUGGCAAAGGUUUCGUAUCGGGUACUCGUCUCAGUAAUCAUGUUAGCAAGGUUCAUGGAGGAGAUACGGCUCCGGUGGGAGGAAUUAUUCAUUGA